GUAUAUAAUUGACGGGGUUUUGUCAGCAAUCGGCUGUGUGGCCGUUGAACACCUAUGUAAGCCGGUAUUAAUAAUACGCCUGUUGUGCUGUUUUCCCUCUGCCGCCCCAUUACAUCCACUGACGUACGUUGUACGCCUGCAGCGAGUGAAAGUGCCCGUUGUGGUUACAAAUAUUAAACCAAUCCGCUUUUCUUCGCCGGGUCACAGUUGUCUCCUGUUUUCGCUCCCAAGGUUCAUCGCACUGUAGUUAUUCCACUGUGUUAUUAUCUGCAAAGGAUUUGAUCAUGCUUAUCAUAACCUCGCGUUUGUUGCUCGUGGCUGUGGUUAUUGCAUUACUGGAGGUUUUUGGCGGACAUUGUGCACCAGUGUUGGAUCUGAUCUCGAAGAAGGAUGCUUUCUCGGAUGAUGCCGUCCAGCAAAAAGAAGCCUUGGCGGCGAUGUUGGGGGAUGACGGGAAUCAGGCCGAAUUGAUCAGCGAUCGUUCGCUACUGCAGUCAAUUUUGUCGCAGAUGCGCGGCACGGGGUCGGCGGCGGACGGCAGCGGGAUAAGCUCGUUGACCAGUGGUCUGAACGGCGGAGGCAACCUAUGGGGUGGCGAUCCGACACUGGAUCUGGGAUUGGGCCGAGCCGGAUCCGGCAAAUGGAUCGCACGCUACACCGCUGCUCUCCAUGAUUCCCUUUCACCAUCGGGUCCGGGCUGACAUCGAUAUAAUGGGAUACAUCCGGGCAGACCACCGAAACUUCAAAUUGAUUAGGAAGUUUCCAGUUUGGAGCCGGUUGGUAGAUUUCAUCCGCCAGCGGCGGCCAGUUGGCAGUUGCAUAAUAAUCUUCGGCAAUUAUUGGGCUGUUUUGGAUGUUGGCAUUGACUCCCGAAUCCCACACCGUAUUUACCCUUUUGUCACCGUUCGCUUCGAUGUGCAAUUUUUUCAUUUCCGGCCGGAUUGUAAAUCGCGUUAUGGCGUCACGAGAUCGCUGUGGGUGUGAUACACUCUGCUUAUUUCCUGCAUACUGUAAUGUACACAAGUGCGUCAUCUAAUACAGCAAUAAACCAAUAAAGUCCU